AUGGCGCAACAAACACCACCACUGGUAAUGAUGCUUCUCCUAUGUACUCUUUCUGCCAACUCAUCAUUCCAGCCAGCUCUGGUGUUAGAAAUGGCAAAGAUUCUGCUGGAGAACUACUGCUUCCCUGAGAACCUGGUUGGGAUGCAGGAGGCUAUCCAACAUGCCAUCAACAGCGGAGAAAUCCUACAGAUUUCAGACCGAAAGACCCUGGCAGCUGUGCUCACAGUUGGAGUACAAGGGGCGCUGAACGAUCCGCGGUUGACUGUGUCAUAUGAGCCCAGUUUUGUCCCAGUGAUGCCACCGAUGCUGCCGUCUCUCCCAGUAGACCAACUGAUCCGACUGGUGAAGAACUCUGUCAAGCUGGAUAUCCUUGAAAAUAACGUUGGCUACUUGCGUAUAGAUAGGAUCAUUGGGGAGGAGACAGCUGCAAAGCUUGGCUCUUUGCUGAGGGACAACAUCUGGGACAAAGUUGCUCACACGUCCUCACUGAUCUUUGACCUGAGGUACAGUACAGCUGGAGAGCAGUCUGGAGUUCCUUUUAUGAUCUCUUAUUUCUUGGACUCUGAACCCCUCAUUCAUAUUGACACUGUGUAUGACAGGCCCUCAAAUACAACCAGGGAGUUGUGGACCAUGCCAUCAAUAAUGGCAGAAAGAUAUGGAAAGAAGAAGGACGUUAUUAUCUUGACCAGUAAGCGUACCAUUGGGGCUGCUGAAGCAGUGGCAUAUACUCUCAAACACCUAAAGAGGGCGAUCAUAGUUGGAGAAAGGUCUGCUGGUGGGUCAGUAAAAGUCAGAAAGAUUAGGAUCGCACAGUCAGAGUUCUACAUAACAGUUCCUGUGGCAAGAUCUGUCAGUCCAAUCACAGGCCAGAGCUGGGAAGUAAGUGGCGUGUCCCCUACAGUCAACGUCAAUGCCAAGGAAGCUGUUGCAAAAGCCAAGUCCCUUCUGGUUGUGAGGAGUGCCAUUCCAAAAGCUGUACAACAUAUCUCAGACAUAAUUGGGAGUUUCUAUGCUUUCACUGACAGAGUUCCAGCUCUUCUUCAACAUUUGCAAUCUACAGACUUAUUCUCUAUCGUAUCGGAGGAGGACCUUGCAGUCUUUCUCAACCAGGAACUCCAGAAUGUUUCCGAAGAUCCACGACUGAUCAUUAAAUACAUGCAAAACAAUGCUGCCAUUGUAGAGGAGGACCCUGAGCUUUACAAAGUCCCAGAUGAUCCGCAAUUAUUACAAGCAAUGGUUGAUACAAUGUUCAAAGUGGAAAUUCUCUCUGGCAAUACUGGCUAUCUCCGGUUUGACAAGUUUGUCAUGUUGUCUGCAGUGGAUAAAUUUGAUGAGCUCAUGGGCAAAAAGGUGUGGGAGCCCCUUAAAGACACUAAUAACCUGAUUAUUGAUCUGCGCUAUAACACUGGUGGAUCCUCAACCUCUCUGGCCCUUAUACUGUCUUAUCUGCAGGAUUCCUCCCAGAACUAUAAUUUUUUCACAAUAUAUGACCGAAUUGAGAACACAACAACAGAACAUGGCUCUCUGCCCAGAAUUACAGGCCCAACCUAUGGCUCCAAACGUGGGGUUUAUGUGUUGACCAGUUACUACACAGCAAGCGUUGGGGAGGAGUUUGCUUACCUGAUGCAGUCCCUACAUCGUGGCACAGUCAUUGGAGAAAUCACAUCUGGUACCCUGAUGCACUCAAAGACAUUUCAAAUAGAGGAAACAUAUAUUGCCAUCACUGUACCCUUCAUAAACUUCAUAGACAACAAUGGGGAAUGUUGGCUGGGAGGUGGUGUAGUCCCUGAUGCAAUUGUGUUAGCCGAGGAAGCUGUGGACCACAUUCAUGACAUUGCAGAUUUUCACGAUGGGCUCAGGUCCCUCAUAGAGGACACUGGGAAAUUGUUAGAAAAGCACUAUGCAAUUCAUGAAGUUGCACUAAAGGUCAGUAGGGUGCUGUUGAGUAAAUGGGCUGAAGGUUUUUACUGGUCAGUGGUUGACUUUGAAUCUCUUGCAUCUCAGCUGACAGCAGACCUCCAAGAGACUUCAGGCGAUCACCGCCUCCACAUCUUCCAUUGUGAUGUUGAGCCUGAGUCACUUCAUGAUGUCCCAAAGAUCCCUACAGCAGAAGAAGUGGGAUAUAUAAUCGACGCUCUGUUUAAAAUUGAACUUCUGCCAGGAAAUGUUGGCUAUCUAAGGUUUGACAUGAUGGUAGAUAUAGAGGUGAUAAAAGCCAUUGGACCUCAGCUAAUAAAGUCUGUGUGGAGCAAAAUAUUGAACACUGAUGCCCUCAUAAUUGACAUGAGGUACAACACUGGUGGUUAUUCAACAGCCAUUCCCCUCCUUUGCACCUAUUUCUUUAAUACUGAACCUUUGCGGCAUCUUUACACUGUUUUCGACCGCACCACAACCACCAUGACAGAGGUCAUGACAUUGCCUCAGAUCAGAGGUCAAAGGUAUGGGUCCUCAAAGGAUGUCUACAUCCUGACCAGUCAUAUGACAGGGUCAGCAGCCGAAGUGUUUACCCGCACUAUGAAGGACCUGAAUCGUGCCACAAUCAUUGGGGAGCCAACAAUGGGAGGGUCUUUAUCAAGUGGAACCUAUCAGAUCGGGGACAGCGUCCUGUAUGCUUCCAUUCCUAACCAGGUUGUUUUGAGUGCCAUUACUGGAAAAGUGUGGAGCCUUGCAGGGGUUGAGCCUCAUGUUUUUGCCCAGGCAAAUGACGCUCUUCCUGUAGCACAGAGGAUUAUUGCAGCAAGGCUGUUGAAGACAGACAAAGGGACAUAG